GGCCACAGCCAGGCGGGGCAACACAUGGUGCUCCGCCCUGCAGCACAUAGGUCACAAUGCAGGCCAAGAUACAUUCCCUCCCUGGCCUGGGUGCUGCGUAACAGUGGGGCCCUCAGGGCAAGUAGUGUGCCCAGUCCCACAGGAACCAGGACUCUGAGGAGAGAAGAGCCAAGCAGCUUGUGCAGGAGCCCCUGCUGGGGCAGCUGGCGGUGACCAUCAGUGGUCAGAAAGACCCAGGCAAUGCCCAUGGAGGAAUCUCAGAGUGUCACCAUCGAUUACAUAAGUAGGUAUCAACAGGACCCCAGAGAAUGGCCUUGGGGCACAGAACAGGGCAAGGAGAAGCAGGUGCAUGGGCAGGAGGCAGCGGGGCUGCAGGGCUGGCACCUUUCUCACCCUGCUCCUGGCAGCAUCUUGGAGGAGAUGGACAGGGCAUCAGCACCCUGGCCCAGGGUGUGCUGUGGGCACAGCAGCCGGGGCAGGGCUGGAGAGAGGACCCCAUCUCUUCCCUCUACCUCCUACCCCUGCCUACAACUCUCCCCAUUCUUGCUCUUCAUCAGGUGUAGCUGCUGCUGCCUCUAGCAUCCAGUUGCAGGAUGAGGAAAAGGAGGCCCACGACUACAUCAUGGACUUUGUCAAAAGCACCAGAAGGGAUCAGGACUCAAAGAUGAAGUUUCUGGCCUCCAUCGACAUGCUCUGCAGAGCCUCAGUGCAAGGAAGGUACCAGAGCCCAACAUCCCAUGAGCUGCUGAGUAAACUGGAGGCACUAAUGCAAAACGAGACCUUCGACAGCAUGGACACCAUGAUGUGGCAGCAAGCCCUGCUUGCCAUCGCUGCACUGAGCAAAUACAGGGAAAGUGUGCUGUAUAACCACCUCUGCAAAUACAUAGGUGACACCUUCAGUUUUGUUGCAAGCGAGACGAUCAGCCAGUGUACUCCAUUCUACGACCAGAUCCUGAAAACCCUUGACAGUGUGCUGGAGGCGCUGAUACAUGGUGCUUCACAGAAAUCCUGCAUCUUCAUAACAGAGAAAAUACUGCAGGUUCUGCUGCCCAUCACAGGCAUCUGAGGACGUGGCUA